AUGAUUGCCAGAAACGAGGAUGGGUAUUCCGAGCAUCCUCCAUCAGCAAACAAUCUAAUUCAUGCACAAGGCUCACAUCUCACGUACUCCAGGAGACGGCCUUCUUUCCGACAUUCGUUAGACCCCGUUAGCUGUCGCCAUGCUGUAUGGAUAGAUUUCAUCUCAGUCUUGAGAAGCAAAAAAGAAACGAAGAAGACCAUCGAGAGAGACACCGUGAACUUCGCCCCCACGGCUGCAUCUCUCUUCAAGCCAAAUCACCAAAUAACGGGGUUGCGCCCCGCCUGGCUGCAAUGGAAAUUGAAGGAUGGAACCAUGGCCCCGAACUCGUUUUACGAGCUAGAUGCAGUAUGGGGGUGGUGGAGGAGGAUUAUUCUCUGCACAUCUCGCAUCGCCUUGAAGAUGAAAUCCUCGUUUUGCCAAAAGGGGGUUGGAAGCAGCGCCCCGAGAUGGAGAAAUAGAUACAUAACCACACCCAGACGACAUGCCGAAAACCAAAAAGAAAAAAAAAAAAAGGGAGCGAAGGAAAAGAAAGGGGAAGAAGAUCCAGACGGGGCUAUCUUCUCUUUCACUAGCUACUGGGAGUGUAUCAUUUCUUGA